AUGGCGGCGGCCGCCGGUGUGCCGGUUCGGGUGUGCCACCAGGAGAUCGUCAAGUUCGACCUGGAGAUCAAGGCGGCCGUGCAGGACAUCCGUGACUGCCCGGGGCCGCUCAGUGCUCUCACGGAGCUUAACGCUGCCGUGAAGGAGAAGUUCCGCCACCUCCGCGGCCGCAUCCAGGAGCUCGAACAGAUGGCAAAGGAGCAAGAUAAAGAGUCGGAGAAACAAGCAUUGCUGCGGGAAGUGGAAAACCAUAAGAAACAAAUGCUCAGCAAUCAGGCAGCUUGGAGAAAGGCAAAUCUAGCCUGCAAAAUUGCUAUUGACAACUCUGAGAAAGAUCAGCUGCUGCAGGGAAGAGACCCCUUACGACAAAGGAAGACUACAAAGGAAAGUCUGGCAGAGAGUGCAAGUAACAUCACAGAGAGUCUGAUGGGCAUUAGCAGGAUGAUGUCACAGCAAGUCCAGCAGAGUGAGGAGACUGUGCAAACCCUAGCCAAUUCUUCACGAACCAUCCUGGAAGCAAAUGAAGAAUUUAAGUCCAUGUCUGGGACAAUCCAGCUGGGGCGAAAGCUGAUCACAAAGUACAACCGCAGGGAGCUGACGGACAAGCUGCUCAUCUUCCUCGCCCUCGCCUUGUUCCUGGCCACAGUGCUCUAUAUCUUGAAAAAAAGACUUUUUCCCUUCUUGUAAAAUUCCAAAGCUGAACUGGACUAUUAGAAAGGGUCAGAAAGAGAUGGCAUAAUAACGGUGGGGCUUUUACAUAAAAUGAUAAAGUGAUAUUGCAAUAGUGAAGGGGUGCUAGAGCAGGCAUGACUUUAUACUGACCCCAUGGAGGUGUGGCCUGC